AUGUUCCUGUGCAUCACUUAUUUGUUUUUAAUUGCUCGCCUCGCUAGUCGUAUCACGUCGAAGCAGGCUGGCAGAGAUGACUGGGCCGCUCUUGCUGCCUUUGCGUUUGUGAUGGCUGGUGGUGCGGUCAGCCUCACAGCUAUUUAUUUUCAUAUUGUUGAGAUAUUGUUGAGAUUCCGCCUGGUUCAACGAGCAUUGCUAGUUGGUGUUCUGACCUCGCGCAGCUUGCAAAUAUGGCUGGGGGAGCCCUCGUCCCAGCUCUCAGAGCGCAAUAUACAGAGAGUCUACAUUCAACACUGGCUCUUCCAGAUACUCUACAAGGUGGCAAUUUGUUUGAUCAAAGUAUCGAUCCUACUUCUGUAUCUGCGCAUCAUGUCCCAGAUGCCAUACCGUCUCGUCACCUAUAUUCUCCUGACGAUUCUCUCGCUCUUUGCUGUGGCGACGAUUAUUGCCGGGAUUUUUCAAUGUACCCCGAUCCACAAAGCUUGGAACAAAACUCAAUCAGGAAACUGCUACAAACUCUCGACAGCCUGGUACGCGAACGCCCUCUUCUCUGUCGCGACGGACAUAGCCAUCGUGGUUCUUCCCAUGCAAAUGGGGUAUCGCCUCAAGACAGACCGGCGGGAGAAGGUUUUGCUCUUCGGACUUUUCGGAUUGGGAGGCUUUAUCACCGUCCCCCCCCACCUCCCCCUCACCUUCUCGCACGGCAUUGUUCCACUCGCUGAUAUCCUUGCCGACAACAUCGAUUCUGGCUACUGGUCUAUCACUGAUAUCAACGUCGGCGUAAUAUGCAUCUCUCUCCCUCCACUCCACGCCUGUCCAUUCCGGCUAUGCGCAUUCUUCACAGGUUUCUAUACUCGCACCAAUGCCUCAAGCGGACCACACCAUAAGAGCUACUCCAAAAGCUCUUCAGAGCCCGCAGCAGUAGGGACACACACGAAAACACAGAAAUCUCAGAAAAAGAGGAGUUUCCUAUCCAGGCAAUCAGCGGGCAGCGAUUUUGACCUCGUCUUUUUCACCAGCGACCAUAAUCUCAAAGAGGGUGGCAUCAUGAAGAUGCCGGAGAUUGCCGUGACAGGAGAGAGUCGAGCGGAAGAUGCUAAACGCCAUCUGACGGCGCCGUGCGAGAGCCAAAUACACGCCGUCUGA